AGUACGCUUUCUACUUCCGGACAACCGGAAAGCACCAUGGAUUCUAGAGCACAAAAAUAGCAGUCUCCACCACUCGACCUUUGAAAUUUUUAGCUAAUUUUAUUUCAAUAUAUGUUGUCCUGUUCCCUGUUUUCAAUUAGAAAAGACAUUCUUCUCUCUGCUCAAAUGCUCAAAUGACCACGCCUUCGGCUGAAAAUUCGCACCACUUUUGCCGUAUGCCUUUUUCCUAUAUUCUCAGUAUCUAGUCUCCUCUCAUUUGCAGGCUUGUAUACUUUUACUGAAGAUCAUUUGAAAUUAUGAUUUCGGGACUUAGGGCGAAAUCUAGGAAAGGCCCCUCAGUUCAAGUUGAUUAUCUAAUUCAUAUUCAGGAUAUUAAACCUUGGCCGCCCUCACAGUCACUGAAGACGGUCCGCGCUAUUCUAAUCCAAUGGGAACAUGGAGAUAGGAGUGGCUCUACUGGUCAAGUUGUUCCGUCUUUAGGCUCCGGUGUUGGUGACGGAAGCAUUGAGUUCAAUGAGUCUUUUAAACUUCCUGUGACACUAUUGAGGGAAAUUUCCAUUAAAGGUGGAGAUGGAGACACUUUCCAGAAAAAUUGCAUUGAGUUCAACUUGUAUGAACCGCGCCGUGAUAAGACGGUGAAAGGUCAACCAUUAGGAACUGCUAUUAUCAAUUUGGCUGAAUAUGGUGUUGUUAAUAAGGAAGGUUUGAAUGUUAGUGCCCCUAUUAAUUGCACGCGGGCUUAUAGGAACACUGUACAACCCCUUGUCUUCCUGAAAAUCCAGCAAUUUGAUAGGAGUCGCGCGAGCUCGUCCUCAAGGGAUGUAUUGACAAGAGGAGCAUCGAUAGACCGUACUGGUGUUGAAUCUGUUUCUACAUUGACGAGUGAAGAAUACGCUGAGGAAGCGGAAAUUGCCUCGUUCACUGAUGAUGACGUUUCCUCACACUCAUCAGUUGCUGCUUCUUCUUCAGCUAAUGGAUCGAACUGUGGUUCACUACCACAAGGAGAGGAUGAAACUGAGGGAGUGAAAAGUAAUCCUAAUGAAGAUGAACAUGUCAUCCUAUAUUCAAAGAACAAGUCUGCGGAUUUGGAUGAGAAGCAAGUGGUGAAGUCAUUAUCGAAUUCGAAUCCAAGUUUGCCUCACUCUCCAACUGAUUUGUCUUCUGAUCUGGCAUGGCUCUCAAGGAAAAUUGGUGGUAAUGGUAGCAAUAAAUUGGCAACUUCAAAUGCGAAUGAAAUAACUGAAAACACUCUGAAUCCAUAUGUGAUAACCGAACAUGUCGAACCAGUACAACAAAGGGAAAGAAUACUGGCUAAUAGUGAUAGUGGUGGUGAAAUAUCUACUCAGCAAUGUUGUGAUGAAGAGAGGGUCAGUAGUCAUCUAGAUCAAGUAGGCUUUCCAAUUUCACAUAUAGAUGAGAGUAAGAGCUUUAUGAACUCAGCAAGUCAUUUCUCCAGCUCUGAGAAUGCUGAGAAUGCUUCGACUCCGGUUGGGAAUAGGCAUGAGGAUGCGAGAGCUGUUGUUACCGAGAAUGGUUCUAAUGAGGGUGAAAACAGUGAGAAGUAUCAGGAGAGGAGACAAGAAUCUAGUGCCAAUAACAGAGAGAAUUAUCAGAAAAAUGAACAAGUAAAAGAAAUUGUGGAAGAGGAAGAAAGUGAGGAUGCUAUGAAGAAUGACUCAGAAGAAAGUGAUGUAAUUUCUGCUUACACCGAUAGUUAUGGAGAAAAGAGUAGUAUCCAAAACAAUGAGAGAUUAAAGCAUGUAAAGUCAGUCAGGUCAUCAGCAGAACCUAAUAGAGUAAACGGGUCUGUCAAAGGCAAUCAGCUUUUAGCACAAGACAAACAGAUUUGUGCUCGAGGUUUAGCAAACGAGAGGAAAGAUCGAAAGGCACAGUCAACUGACACAUCAACGAUUCUUUUGGAAAGCAAACUCCAUAAGUUGGAGCAAAGAGUGAAAAUGGCGGAAGGAGAAUUGAGAGAAGCUGCUGCAAUUGAAGCUGGCCUUUAUUCGGUUGUUGCAGAGCAUGGAAGUUCCAAAAAUAAGGUCCAUGCUCCUGCUAGACGCCUCUCGAGGUUCUAUUUCCAUGCCUGUAAAGAUGACUCUCCAUUGAAAAGGGGAACUGCUGCUAAAAGUGCUGUCUCUGGAUUAAUUUUGGUUGCAAGGGCAUGUGGAAAUGAUGUUUCUAGGUUAACUUUCUGGUUAUCAAAUUCGCUGGUGCUGAGAGCAACUAUAGGCAAAUUCCAGCGGCAGCAGUAUUUGCCUCAUUCUACUGAAACUAUGAUUGGAAAUGCCUUUUCCAGGGACAAGAAACAGAUAUCUUCUCCACUUAAGUGGGAGUCUUUCUCCAGCAAUGGUAUUAGGGAUGAUUUAUGUGAAAGUUUUGGCAAUUGGGAGGACCCGCGUACAUUUACAAGAGCACUUCAGAGAACAGAAGCUUGGAUAUUCUCCCGUAUUGUUGAAUCUAUUUGGUGGCAGACUCUCACUCCACAUAUGCAAUCUGGUGCUGCAAAAGAAAUCCGUGAAAGUAUGAGUUCUCUGAUAAGCAAUGUGUAUAGAAGGACAGCAAGUUCAGAUAAUGAAGAGCGAGGAAGUUUUUCUUCAGAGCUUUGGAAGAAAGCCUUCAAAGAUGCAUGUGAAAGGAUUUGCCCUGUUCGAGCUGGAGGACACGAAUGUGGUUGCUUGCAUUUUCUAUCUAAACUGAUAAUGGAACAAUGUGUUGCUAGAUUGGAUGUAGCCAUGUUCAACGCCAUCCUUCGAGAGUCUGCUGAUGAGAUUCCUUCAGAUCCUAUAUCAGACCCGAUUAGUGAUGCUGAUGUUCUUCCCAUUCCAGCUGGAAAGGCUAGCUUUGGGGCGGGGGCACAACUGAAAAACAUGAUCGGGAGUUGGUCCAGAUGGCUUACUGACCUUUUUGGCAUUGAUGAUGGGGAGUCACUAAAAGAUAUAAAAGGGGCAGAUAACAAUGAAAAGGAUGGGAGUAAAGAACUUGACACCUCUGCGAAGGCAUUCUAUCUCCUUAAUGCAUUGAGUGAUCUUAUGAUGCUUCCAAAGGAUAUGCUUUUAGACAGGACAAUAAGAAAAGAGGUAUGUCCAGCAUUUGGUCCACUGCUAAUAAGAAGGGUUCUUAAUAUAUUUGUCCCUGAUGAAUUUUGCCGUGAUCCAAUACCUGAAGCUGUAUUUGGAGCUCUUCACUCUGAGGAUCCUCUUGAGGCUGAGGAUGAUUCUGUUGCCAACUACCCAUGCAUAGCAGCCCCAGUAGCUUAUAUUCCACCUCCAAUAUCUUUAGUCACCGAUAUGUUGGGAGAUAUUUCUAGCUAUUCUCAAUUGACACGAAGUGGAUCUUCAUUGCUCAAAAAAUCAUACACAAGUGAUGAGGAGCUGGAGCAAUUGGAUUCACCUUUGAAUUUUAUAAUUAACGAUGGCUCUGAAGCUUCACAGGCUUUAGCAAAACCUAGUUGGAUGACAAAAGGCAGUGGUAGGCAAAGGUAUCAACUCCUUCGAGAGGUAUGGAUUAACAGCGAGUAAACUGAUUAGUUGUUGUGUUAAAAUAUCGUUCUUGAUUUGCAUCUGAAGGAAGGUAGGAACAACAAUGAGAGUAUGAUUUGUGGAUAUGAGAAGUAUUUGUAUAUUGAAGGAGUUAGGUGUCUGUAGAAAUGAUUAAUAAAGUUGAAAAGAAAUGCGGCCUUUUCCUUUCUACUUCA